AAACGUCUGUAUGGAAUAAUUUUUCGGUACAAUCAGACCUAAAAUAAAGUGUUUACAUAAUAGAUUAUUUAAAAACAAGCUUCUCCCAAGAACAGUACCGGCAAAAUGAUUCCCGCAUCCACUCCCGCCUUGCUCAUCUUCCUCAUCUCUCACCUCCAACUCACCGCCGCCGCCCCAUACGGCAGCUGGUCUCUUCUUCAACCAGACAUCGGCAUCUCAGCCAUGCACAUGCAACUCCUCCACAACGACCGCAUCAUCGUCUUCGACCGCACCGACUUCGGACCCUCCAACCUCUCCCUCCUCGCCGGCAACUGCCGCGAAGACCGCAAUGACCAAGCUCUGCAACACGACUGCACCGCUCACUCCGUCGAGUACGACAUCACCACCAACUCCUUCCGACCUCUCACCAUCCACACUGACACCUGGUGCUCCUCCGCCACCGUUUCCCCCCACGGCAGCCUCAUCCAAACCGGCGGCUUUAACGACGGCGAGCGGGCCGUACGCAUUCUCCCGGCCCGCCACAAUCCCAGCGCCGACUGCGAUUGGUCGGAGAACCCCAUCGGCCUCGCGGUUCGCCGCUGGUACGCAACCAAUGCGGUUCUCCCAGAUGGCAGCGCGAUAAUCGUCGGCGGCCGCAGGCAGUUCAGCUACGAAUUUUACCCCAAGGAUUCAAACGCUGGCGUUUAUAUCCUCCCAUUUCUGUCGCAAACCAAGGAUGCAGAGGAGAACAACCUUUACCCUUUCGUAUACCUCAACGUGGACGGAAACUUAUUUAUCUUCGCCAAUAACCGCGCGAUCCUCUUUGAUUAUAGGAAUGACAAGGUCGUGAGAACGUACCCUACGUUGCCGGGAAGUGAUCCCAGAAAUUACCCCAGCAGCGGUUCUUCGGUACUGCUUCCGUUAAGCCCGUCGGGAGUCGAGGCAGAGGUUCUCGUUUGCGGCGGUGCACCGAAAGGAUCUUACACCCUGGCCUCCAAAAAUGCGACUUAUGUGAAAGCGUUGAGCACGUGCGGACGAAUCAAAAUCACGGACUCCUCGCCGACGUGGCAAAUGGAGACAAUGCCGGUGGGGAGGGUGAUGGGGGAUAUGGUUCUGCUUCCAACGGGCGCUGAUGUGCUUAUUAUAAAUGGAGCAGAGGCGGGGACGGCGGGGUGGGAGCUGGGCCGAUCGCCGGUUCUCAGCCCGAUUGUGUACCUGCCGAAAGAGUCGAGAUUUGUGGUGCAGAGCCCGUCGAGCAUACCUAGACUGUACCACUCCACCGCCGUGCUUCUGCGAGAUGGCCGCGUGCUCGUUGGCGGAAGCAACCCGCACAUUUACUAUAAUUUCUCCGGCGUUCAGUACCCGACGGAGCUCAGCCUCGAGGCGUUCUCGCCCGAAUAUCUGGGCGUGGAAUUUGGCGGAUUGCGGCCGGAAAUCGUAACUGAUGGUUCGAAGUCGUUGGAGCUGAUUUAUGCGAAAGAAUUUGUUUUGGGGUUUAAUGUGAGCGUGUUGAGGAGGGAAGAUGUGAGAGUGACGAUGGUGAUGCCGGGGUUUUCGACGCAUUCGUUUUCGAUGAAUCAGAGGCUGCUGAUAUUGGGGAGCAAGAUGGCGACGGGAACCUCGAAUUGGAAAUCGAGUUAUGCGGUAGUGGCGGCGGCGCCGGCAUCGGCGGCGGUGGCGCCGCCGGGGUAUUAUAUGGUGUUUGUUGUGAACGGAGGUGUCCCGAGCGGGGGCGUGUGGGCCCACAUUCAGUAAAGUGCGGAUUGGCUAUUCAGCACGUGAACCAAUGUGUGGAUGGCUUUUGAUGUGGUUGCAAAUAUUGGUCUGCAGAGGGUGUUGUUAUUAUUAUUAUUAUUUGGUUUUUAUAAUAAUGGGUGGUAUUUUUCACUCUUUUCUCAGUGAUAUAAAUUUAACCAUUUUUUUUUUAUUUGAGGAGAGUAGUAAAUGAGUUGGU